AUGACGACGCCUUCACCCUUCACUGUUGCGCAUAGACGCUAUGUACAGUCUCUGUACAGAAGAAUACUGAACAACGAGCUGGACUGGAUAGUGGAUCGUAGUUUGUGGAGAGGAAAGGCGAUUGCCAUCCGCGCAGAGUUCGAGAGGAACAGGAAUGUGCAUGACCCUCGGGAGCUUGCUACUAUCCUAGAGAAGGCUGAAGCCGAUUUGGAUUCCAGGAAGCACCCUGAUCCCUACCGACCUCCUGAGGCGGUGGACGGUGUGAAAUGGUACCGAAACAUCCCGCCCCCUCUUGGACCCAUCUUCGAUUUCGAGAAAUUCAACAGGGAUCACGCCCUUGGCCACCAUUGA